AUGACCGCCGCUGCCGCCCGCCCCGCUGUGGGGGCCACCGAAGCCCCCGCCAAACGCGGGGACGCGACGAAGGGGCGCGAGAGGAGCGGGGCGCCGAGAAAGCGACACGAAGUACAAUUGAAGAGAGAAGCUCUCAAGGAUAAGCUACGAGGGGUCUUUAAUGAUGAAACUUCGGUUUGGCGAACUCGGGCAAAACAACAUUGGCUGAGAGAAGGUGAUGGUAACACCAAGUUCUUCCACUCGGUAGCCAACAGCAGGCGUAGAGCUAAUAGAAUCGAUCUAGUAGUUGAAAAUGGCGUUGAAUACCAUUCUCUGGAGGACAAGAAGAAACAUUUCUAUCACUUUUUCAAGACUCUUUUCACGCCGCCUAACUCGAGCCCCGCCUCGGUUGGGGAUUGGAGCAGCCUUUUCACUUCAAAACGAAUCCCGGCACCUGACCUUGCGAAGAUUACCGAAUCUUUCACCAUUGAUGAAAUUAAGAAAGCAGUUUUCCAACUCGGGAGUGACAAGGCACCGGGUCCUGAUGGCUUCCCACUACGGUUCUACCAAGUCUUCUGGGACACUGUCAAGGAGGAUAUCAUGUGCUUAUUCCAAGAGAUGUUUGAGGGGAGGCUAACCACUGAUCCAAUCGACUAUACUUACAUCUGCCUUAUCCCUAAGAAGGAGGGAGCCAAGACGGCCAACGACUAUCGACCUAUCAGUUUACUGAAUGGUAUCCAAAAGAUCUUAUCAAAAGUGCUGGCAAACCGUCUUGAGCUAGUGAUGGAUCAUCUGAUCUCCUCCUCACAGUCAGCAUUCCUGAAGGGAAGGAACAUUACUGAUGCGUAUGUUACAGUAGCCGAACUACUCAGUUGGGGUAAUAAAAAAGCUAUUGAGGGGGUCGCUGUUAAGGUAGACUCCGAAAAGGCUUAUGACAGAAUCGACUGGCGUUUCCUCUUUCGUAUCCUCCGGUGGUGGGGUUUCGAUGAUAAGUGGUGCGGAUGGAUCGAAUUGUGUGUGUGCCAUGCGAAAGUCGGAAUCCUGGUUAACGGAGAGGCGACCAAUUGGAUCCAGACCAAAAGAGGUGUCAGGCAGGGCGAUCCGCUCUCUCCGUUUCUAUUUUUGAUGGUGGCCGAGUGUCUGACCCGUUUGGCUAAUGAGGCGUUAAGGAACAACCUCCUCAAAGGCAAAGGAUGCUUAUUAGCUUGGAAGAAUGUCUGCAAGAGCAAGAGUGAAGGUGGUCUAGGCAUACUGGACGUUAGGACCAUGAACUGCGCCCUUUUGACCAAAUGGUGGUGGAAGUUCCACAUCGCACCGCAGCUGCAGUGGAAUAGGGUAAUCCGAGAUCUUUACUACCAAAGGAGAAGACCUUUGAUGGAAGGCAGCUCUUUUAGGCCCCAGUCGUACUGGUGGAAGGGAGUACUUAGCCUCAAAUUAAUUUUCAAAUGGGGCUCCAACUACAUACUAGGUAACGGGUGCUCUACCGAUUUUUGGCUAGAUCGAUGGUGUGGGGAAACCACACUAGGCGGAGCAUUUCCGAAGAUCUACCAGGCAUAUAACCGAAACAAGUUGAAAGUCAACGAUGUCCUUACAAGUGAUGGUUGGAACUGGAAUAGGAUCUUCGGCUCUGACCCCGAAAUCCUUGCAGGAAUUAAUGAUGACAUUGCAGAGCUUAAGGAUAGGAUAUCCCAUUUAACUAUCCUCCAACGUCCGGACAAGUUAACUUGGCGGUGGAGCCCUAACGGACUCUUCUCAGUGAAAUCAACUUAUCUAGCGUUGACAGACGGGGGAACAAGGGAUCCGGGCCUAAAUUUGAUAUGGAAACUCUAUAUCCCCUUGAAAGUCAAAGUGUUCUGUUGGCUCACCCUUAAGAAGAGACUCCCUACAACUGAUCUACUUGUGAAGCGUGGGUGGGUUGGAAAUGUCCAUUGUGUUCUUUGUGGAGCGGAUGCCGAAUCCGUGGAUCACCUAUUCACGAAGUGUGUCUUUACUAAGUUCAUUAUCGUGACGGGAGUGGACGACAUUCAGGCCAGGGAUCUGGGAAGCGAUGUAAAUCGAGUCUGGGCAGCGUGGAGGAUUAGGUCAGGUGGACACACGACGAGAAACUAUCUCUCCGAAUUAGUAGGAUGUUGGUGGUCCGUUUGGAAGGCUAGAAAUGAUACCAUUUUCAGAAGUAUCCAUCCGAAUCCUACGCAAGUAGUUCACAUGUUCAAGCAGCUGAUGAAGGAGUGGGACCUACUUAAUCCAGCAAGGCGGACCUCGGUUUAA